UAAAGUGCAGAAUUUGCAACGUCGACUUUAUGCAGGUCCGUGAAAAAAGUGACUAAUACAUUUCAUUAUUGCAUAGCCGCUUUACCGUGUGAUACGAUCAAUGUGUAGGGUGAAGUGGUAACCUACUUGCCAGUCCCGAACAGAUGAAAUGCCUCCAAGAACCGCACAAGAAGAAUAUCCGACAUGGGUCGGGUUCGUGUUCAUCUUCAACUUGAUUGUUGGAACGGGAGCUCUUGCUCUCCCGUCCGCCUUCAGCCAUGCUGGAUGGGUUCUCGGUUCAUUGGCCAUCGUGGUGCUUGCCUUCAUGAGCUAUGUUACCGUUACGUUCGUGAUCGAAACGAUGGCCUGUGCAAACGCCGUCCAAAACUGGAACCGGCUGCAGUUUAUCAAGCGUGAUCGUGUGAUUAAGUACGAUGAGGAUAGCAAUGUUGAAACGAUCGUGGAACCACCGGUGGAUAGUGGAUCAGAUAGGGACAGCGGAGCUGAAGAGCAAGAGCAACUUCUAACUGACGCAAGUACCGAGCAAACCCCGCUCAAUACCGUUUACUGCCGUAAAACCUACUACAGCCUCUCGAACAAGAUCGAGCUAGGUGAGAUGGCGAAUCUCUUCUUCGGGCGAACCGGCCGCUUCCUGUUCUACUUCUGCCUGGCCGUGUACCUGUACGGCGACUUGAGCAUCUACUCGGCAGCGGUGGCGAAAAGUUUGCGCGAUGUUGCCUGCGCCCACAAUCACCGACAAAAUGCGACCGACGACGACGACGGAACCGAACGUUGCUGGCAGGAUGGGCUCCUGUCGCGAUUAGACGUCUACCGGCUGUGUUUGGUUGGGUUCGUGGCUGUCCUCGGUCCGUUCACCUUCUUUAACGUGCAGAAAACCAAAUACUUGCAACUGCUCACGGUUCUGUUCCGCUGGCUGGCGUUCUCCGUGAUGAUCAGCAUCGCGAUCCACCGUCUGCUCGCACCGUCAAGCGUUCCGAUCGUACCGAAGCGGGCCGACAUUAACGGCAUACCGUACCUCAUCGGUACGUGCAUCUAUUCCUUCAUGUGCCACCACUCGCUGCCAAGCCUGCUCACGCCCAUCGCCAACAAAGGUCGACUAAAAGCGCUCAUUUCGCUCGACUAUGCCCUGAUCGGUGGGUUCUACCUCGCACUCGCUCUGACCGGAAUUUUUGCGUUCGCCGACAUUAAGGACCUGUACACGCUCAACUUUGUGCCGAGUCCCGAUCAGGCCAACGGGCUGCUGAAAGCGAUCGAGUACUUCCUCGCACUGUUCCCCGUGUUCACGCUGUCCGCGAGCUUCCCCAUCGUGGCCAUUACGCUGCGCAACAACCUCCAGACGCUCUUUCUCGGCGAAACGCAGCUAGAGGCGUACGAUGACUCACAGCAGGGGGCAGUCAACUUUUGCCUACGUCGUGCAUUCUUUCCGCUGCUCGCCAUCAUACCGCCGCUCGUCGUGUGCUACUUCACCGAGAACGUCAGCAAUUUGGUUGGAUUCACCGGAUGUUACGCCGGAACGGGCAUUCAAUACAUCAUCCCCAUGGCGCUCGUCCUAUCGGCCAGACGAGAAUGUGAACAAAAGAUUGGGCGAGGCAUUGUGAAUGAAUAUCGCAGUCCGUUCAAUGGCUUCUUUUGGUCGAUGGCCGUUCCUGGUUGGACCAUCGCUUGCCUGGUGAUCGUCACGAUUGAUCUGGCCAUUUAAGGCAUCCCUUUGCACAUUAAACCAAAACCGAGGAGACUGAGCGUUAAAAGAGGAUAAGUCCUUUCCUCAAAUAUUUGUCCUAUCCGCGUUCCAGCGGUGGAGUGUGAUGGCCAUUAAGUCGGGAAGGAAAGGGAAACUGGGCACUUUAAAUAGCGCACACAAUAAUGGGACGCUUUUACGUGAGAUAUAGGAAACGU